CGAAGACGAAGACGACGAGGACGAGGAGGGUGGCGGCCCCCGCGCCCACUCCUCGGGUGUGAUCGAGCGCCCUCUGGACCUGCUGUCCAAGGUCCGCGGCAAGCUGGCUCAGCCCGCCGUCAUCUACUUUGCCGUACAGCUGCUCGCCUGCUACCACCACGUGCCGCCUGCCGUACCCCGCGCCGUCGCCUCUCUGCUGUACCGCAUUGCGGCGCCGGAGCACCUGAACAUGGAGCCGCUGCUGUACCAGCUGUCCGUGCUGCGUGUGUUUUACACGCUGCUGUCGGACAGCUCCCUGCGGCACCCCUCCCGCCUGCCGCACUACCGCGAGGUGCUGCUGCUGGCCACACGGGUGACCCGCAACCUGUUUAGGAAGCUGGUGCCGGAGAGGGCGGCGGAGAAGGAGGGGAAGGAAGGGGAGAAGGAGGGACAGAAGGAGAUGGAAGGAGGGCAGAAGGAGG